AUGAACUUUGGCUUUUUGAAAGCUUUUGUCAUCGUGACUUUCAUCGCAUGCACUUUCACGUCCAUUGGUGCCAACGACGUUGUAUCAAAUGAUAUCAAGACUCGUCAAAGUCGCCGAUUGGGCAUGUUUUCUGGAAUCUACAAUUUUUUCGGCAUGUCGGGUGACGAUGCAGCUAAAGCAAGCGCAAAAUUGGCGGGAGCUGGUGCAGAUGAUGUUGCAGCACAAGCCAAGACUUUGUCCACCAACUUCAUGAAAGAAAUGACACAAUUAUAUCCAGAUAGGAAAUCGUUACAGCGAGCUGUGAAAGAGUUUACUAAACUUCCAAAAACGAAAAUGGAGAAGUUUAAGAAAGUUGCCAAGAUGGCAGGAUUGGGUAUUGUCUUUGCACUCUCACUGUAUGGGUCUUACUCACUUUCCAGUGACCUUAGCGGUCCACCACGAACAGCUCCUCAGACGUAA